GGGAGACACAACUUUCAGGGGGUCUAGCCGGGAAGUGCACAGGCAGCUCAAUCCAUUCUUUUCUGUGCGGGAAGUUGGCAAGAGAGAAGUUUUCGGGGGGUGUCGCACACCUGGAUGGAGGAUUUGGCGACGGGCCCUUUGUAACUAAAAAAAACUAGUCCGCCACUUUCACACAAGGGACUGUCCGAGCGGAGUUUUCUUGUUGUUGUUGUCGGUGGAUAGCGCCGGCGGAGGAGUCUCAUCAUGCCUCAGCUCAACAGCGGCGGCGGGGACGAGCUCGGGGCUAACGACGAGCUCAUCCGAUUUAAAGACGAAGGGGAGCAAGAAGAAAAGAGUCCCGGGGAGGGCUCCGCGGAGGGGGAUCUGGCCGACGUGAAAUCCUCGCUGGUCAAUGAGUCGGAGAAUCACAGCAGCGAUUCGGAUUCAGAGCUGUCCUAUAUACAGGUGGAGAGGCGUCCCCCUCCGAGGGAAACCUUUGAGAAGCCUAGGGAUUAUCUAUCUGAAGCGUUUCGGAGGCAACAGGAUGCAGCGUUCUUCAAGGGACCUCCUUAUGCUGGGUAUCCUUUCCUGAUGAUCCCAGAUCUUGGAGGGCAUUACUUGCCCAAUGGUGCCCUCUCACCCAGCGCUCGCGCGUACUUACAGAUGAAAUGGCCCCUAUUGGAUUCCCCCAGUACGGCUGGUUUAAAAGAUGCCCGCUCGCCAUCCCCUGCCCACCUGUCCAACAAGGUUCCAGUGGUACAGCACCCACACCACAUGCACCCAUUGACUCCUCUCAUCACCUACAGCAACGAACACUUCUCUCCUGGAACCCCUCCUGGCCACCUCUCUCCAGAAAUAGACCCCAAGACUGGGAUCCCUCGCCCACCUCACCCAUCAGAGUUAUCUCCAUAUUAUCCAUUAUCUCCAGGGGCAGUGGGACAGAUUCCUCACCCGCUUGGCUGGCUCGUUCCUCAGCAGGGCCAACCAAUGUACUCCAUCCCUCCUGGAGGAUUUCGGCACCCAUAUCCUGCACUGGCAAUGAACGCAUCUAUGUCCAGUUUGGUGUCCAGCCGUUUUUCACCUCACAUGGUGCCACCUCCACAUCACAGCCUUCAUACCUCUGGGAUCCCACACCCUGCCAUUGUCUCGCCCAUUGUGAAACAGGAGCCGUCCUCUGGGAACAUCAGUCCUAACCUCAGCACGAAGUCCAAUGUGGUAGUAAAGAAGGAAGAAGAGAAGAAGCCCCACAUUAAGAAGCCACUGAAUGCCUUCAUGCUGUACAUGAAAGAGAUGAGAGCUAAGGUGGUGGCAGAGUGUACUCUGAAAGAGAGCGCAGCUAUUAACCAGAUUCUAGGCCGUAGGUGGCAUUCCUUGUCUCGGGAAGAACAGGCCAAGUACUAUGAGCUGGCACGGAAGGAGAGGCAACUUCAUUCUCAGCUGUACCCCUCUUGGUCUGCACGUGACAACUAUGGCAAGAAGAAGAAACGGAAGAGAGAAAAGCAGUCGCCUGAGAUGGAAAACUACACCAAGACAAAGAAGAUGUGUGUUCAGCAUUUUCCAUCUGAUAAGUCCUGUGACAGUCCCGCUUCUUCCCAUGGCAGCAUGCUCGACUCGCCAGCUACUCCGUCUGCUGCUCUGGCUUCUCCUGCAGCACCCGCUGCCACCCACUCCGAGCAAGCUCAGCCACUCUCCCUCACCACCAAGCCUGAAGCUAGAGCACUCAGCCACUCUGCUGCUUUCCUAGCUUCUAAAUCACCUUCAUCCUCCAGUCUUUCAGGACACCUGCCUUCCCCUGUUGGCUCUCCGCUGCUCUCCAGACCAAUCCCACUGACAUCUUCCAUUUUGUCCCCCCCGGGUGUCUUCCCUUCUGCACUGCAAGCACUACCACUGCUGCAGGCACAGCCCCUUUCUCUAGUGACCAGAUCCAGUGACUGAUGAGAGAGACUCCUAUAUACCUGGACAACCAUCACCUAAAAGCACUAGUGCUGUGUGGAUCUGGAUGUACAAUGCUCUGCACUAGUCUAUCAAUUGUCUGCAGAUUUGAACUGCUGUCUACAAUGGUGUAUAUGAUGUCCUACGUAUAUGGACUGUAACACUGCUUUUCGUUGUCAUGUAUAAUGUAGAUAUGGACACAGCUCUGCACUGGUGCAUAAUUAUAUAUGUACUCUUGGCAUUGUGCACAACAAUGGGCAGAUGCACAAGCAGGAUUCUCAUGCCUGCACAGGGAGAACAAUUCACUUUUAAUUUGAUGGACCUUGAACCUCUCUGUGUUUGCUGCACAAUAGGGCGUAUGAAGCAAAGGCAGCAUCAAUGAUCCAACUCCAGCAAUGCAUCGUAUUAUUGCAGGCUCGUUGCUGAGUCACCCAGGCUAUACCUCCUCUCCAGCACUCAGCGGCUUCAACAAAGAUGGCAGCUGCCAACAGACCUGCAAGAAUUAUUGGUCAAUAUUUGACCUGCUGGCUCCAGCUCUGCAGAUCACACCCGUCCAUCUUCUACUUUUCUUGUUAUUCUCUAGAAAAAGACGCUUUUUUAUUUUUCAUCAGUUGGAAAGAAAACUUAAAUAUUAAUUUUAGCCAGACACAACAGAGAAAAGUGUAAAUUGUACAUAAGUGUGUCCGAGGGGUUGAUGCAUGUUUAUUUUGUUAGGUUAAUCUUUAUAUGUUAUGGUUUUUUUUUUAUUUCUUUAAUAAAGGGGCAAAAGAAAGUUCUUGCCUGCUAGUACUGGUCCGGAUGCCAGAGCCAGGUUUUCAGCGCUGCAUUUUGGCAUUGCCCGGGUUACUGUUAUCCUAUUUUCCUUCCCCCAUCACUUGUUCUGUUCCAUUCCAGUCCUCUCUUUCAAGCUUAUUUUAUUUUUUUAAUGGAAAAAAAGGAGAAUUUUUUUUUUUUGAAAAUGUGACCUUUUUUUGUAACAAAAUAGAAAAUAUAUUGUGUUUUAAAAAUA